CCUUGGCGACGUAGAAGCCGGUGGGUUGGUCGUCGCUGCAUGCCAUGCUUCGAGUUGUUGCUUCAACACUUGCACAGCCACCCGCAGAGGCUGCACCAAAUCCACGCCGUUCUCAUCACCACUGGCUUCCACCUCGCUUCCCCACCGCGCGCCCUCCUUCCCAUACGGCAGGGAAGCAGCGCCGUCUUCUUCUACAACUGCCUAAUACGGGCUUGCCUACGCCACCGAGACCAGCCCGAUACCUCUCUCCGCCUCUUCGCCCAGAUGCUCGCCCAUGGCGUCCGGCCCAACCGCUACACUUUCCCCUCUCUCCUCAAAGCCGCCGCCGGUGACGCCGCUUCCUCCCCCUCCUCCGGCCGUGCCAUUCACGCGCAAGCCGUCCGCCGAGGCCUCCUCCUCGACGACUUCACCAACUGCUCCCUCGUCGAUUUCUACGCGCGAGUCGGCGAUCUCGGUUCCGCUCGGAAGACGUUCGACGAAUUGCCUCAACCGGACUUGGCCUCCCGCAACUCGAUGCUCCACGCGCUCUGCGUCCACGGAGAUCUCGCGGCUGCCAUCGCGCUCUUUGAAAGCAUGGUCGACGGGAAUGUCAUCUCCUGGACGAGCCUCAUCAAUGGGUACGCUAGAAACGGCGAGUUCCAUGAGGCAAUCGACCUCUUCAGGAGAUGGAUCAUACAGAAGGACGUGCCCUUGAGACCCAACGAAGCCAUGUUGGUUAGCGUCCUCUCCGCAUGCGCUAAUUUGGAUCACAACAGAGCUCUGUUUAGAGGCUUGGAGAUUCACGGAUUCAUCGUGCGGAACGAAGCACCGUUGACGGGAUUCGUAGGGACCGCAUUGAUCGACAUGUACAGCAAGCACGGUCACUUGGAUUAUUGCACAGAUGUCUUCCAAGCAACCAGGGAGAAGGAAGUGUGCACUUGGAAUGCGAUGAUCUCGGCGUUAGCCCGGAACGGGAGGGCGGCCAGUGCCCUACAACUGUUUGAUGCAAUGACAGCCUCAAGGCUGCGGCCGAACCACGUGACGUUCGUGGCCGUGUUGACAGCCUGCGCUAUGCAAAAGCUUGUAGACCAGGGUCUGAGGUGGUUCGAGUCGAUGUCCACCGAAUUCGGGGUGGUGCCGCUGAUGGAGCACUACGGGUGCGUCGUCGACCUCCUGGGAAGGGCUGGCUUCUUGAAGGAGGCGAUGGAAUUCAUUAGGAGGAUGCCUUUCGAAGCCGACGCCUCGGUUUGGGGUGCUCUUCUGGGGGCUUGCAAGGUCCAUGAGAACGUGCAGCUUGGGGAUGGUGUAGGGAAGCAGUUGAUUGAGCUUCAGCCUUGGCCUGCCGGCCUCUACAUGGUUCUGAGGAACAUAUACGCAGGGGCCGGACGAUGGGAUGAUGCUGCUGGAAUGAAGAAAGCGCUGCAGAACUCAGGGAUAAAGAAGCCCACAGGGUACAGUUGGAUAGUCUCCGGCGACUGCGUUUGAAGAUAGCAUCAUCGACCAUUAGAGAAUACUUGAAGAGACCAAGGAGCAGCAACACACACCACCAGAACAUCCAACUUAUAGCACAUUUAGUCUUUGAUGCCGGUGUUUGGUUAUGGUACGUGCAUGCUGGUUUCGUUUACGAGCUUAAGCACAUCAUUUAGCCUUUUGGGUUGGAAGCAAAACAUCGUUGUUAGAUGAUCGCGUAGACAAAUUAAUUAUGUAUUUUAGAAUAAUUAAUAAAUUAAUUAUCUCGUAAAAUCAGAUUAUGAUGACGAAGGGCCACAUAGGUAUAUGAGGUGGACGAACAUGUUCUGCAUGUCGAUAUCAUCAGGUCGCUUUUCACUUUGUACAUCUCAAUUAAUUUAGGGGAAUUAACUGACAGAUGUCAACUUAAAUGAUAUGAAUGCAUCGAUCUUAGCGUAUUUGUCUUCCUAAAAA